GCUGGCUGUUUCCUUGCCGGACAGAAAAGAAGAACGGACUCAGCCCCGCGUCGCGGGAGCUGUGCUUUGGGCUCUUGCUCCCGCGACAUGGCCUUCAAUUUUGGGACUCCCUCGGGUACCUCGGGCACCGCUGCAGCCACCGCAGCACCCGCGGGAUUUGGUGGGCUUGAGACUGCCAACUCCACCGCCAGUGGGUUUAAUUUUGGGGGUUUCGGAUUAACUGCUAAUCCUGCAGUGAACUUUAAUAUUGGCAAUUUCGGUGUUUCUACCACUUCGGCGACUCCGUUCAAUUUUGGUAACAGUCUGGCAAGUGCAGGUGGGUUUGGAGGAUUUGGGACAACAUCUACAACUGCAGGUUCUGCAUUUACCUUUUCUGCCCCAACUAACACAGGAACUACUGGACUCUUUGGUGGUACUCAGAACAAAGGUUUUGGAUUUGGCACCAGUUUUGGCACAACAACAGGAACUAGUACUGGUUUAGGUACUGGUUUGGGAACUGGCCUGGGAUUUGGAGGAUUUAACACACAGCAACAACAACAGUCCACAUUAGGUGGUCUCUUCAGUCAGCCUACACAAGCUCCUACCCAGUCCAACCAGCUGAUAAAUACUGCAAGUGCUCUUUCUGCUCCAACACUAUUGGGAGAUGAGAGAGAUGCUAUUUUAGCAAAAUGGAAUCAACUGCAGGCUUUCUGGGGAACAGGAAAAGGAUAUUUCAACAAUAAUAUUCCACCAGUGGAAUUCACACAAGAAAAUCCUUUUUGCCGGUUUAAGGCUGUAGGUUAUAGUUGUAUGCCUGAUAAUAAAGAUGAAGAUGGACUAGUAGUUUUAGUUUUCAACAAAAAAGAAACAGAUAUCCGAAGCCAGCAACAGCAGUUGGUAGAAUCAUUGCAUAAAGUUUUGGGAGGAAACCAGACGCUUGCUGUAAAUGUAGAAGGUAUUAAAACAUUGCCAGAUGAUCAGUUAUUUUCCUCCAGGACAGAAGUUGUCAUUUAUGUUGUUGAACGUUCUCCAAAUGGUACCUCAAGAAGAGUUCCAGCUACCACACUAUAUGCGCAUUUUGAACAAGCCAACAUAAAAACACAGUUGCAGCAACUUGGUGUAACCCUUUCUAUGACUAGAACAGAACUUUCUCCUGCACAGAUCAAGCAGCUUUUACAGAAUCCACCUGCUGGUGUUGAUCCUAUUAUUUGGGAACAAGCCAAAGUGGAUAACCCUGAUUCUGAAAAGUUAAUCCCUGUACCCAUGGUAGGAUUUAAGGAACUUCUCCGAAGACUGAAGGUUCAGGAUCAGAUGACUAAACAGCAUCAGACCAGAUUAGAUAUAAUAUCUGAAGAUAUUAGUGAGCUGCAAAAGAAUCAGACUACAAGUAUGGCCAAAAUUGCACAGUACAAGAGGAAACUCAUGGAUCUUUCCCAUAGAACCUUACAGGUCCUAAUCAAACAGGAAAUUCAAAGAAAGAGUGGUUAUGCUAUCCAAGCUGAUGAAGAGCAGUUGAGGGUUCAGCUGGAUACAAUUCAGUCUGAACUAAAUGCGCCUACUCAGUUCAAGGGCCGACUAAAUGAACUGAUGUCUCAAAUCAGGAUGCAGAACCAUUUUGGAGCAGUCAGAUCUGAAGAAAGGUAUUACAUAGAUGCAGAUCUGUUACGAGAAAUCAAGCAGCAUUUGAAACAACAACAAGAAGGCCUUAGCCACUUGAUUAGCAUUAUAAAAGAUGAUCUAGAAGAUAUAAAGUUGGUAGAACAUGGAUUGAAUGAAACCAUCCACAUCAGAGGUGGUGUCUUUAGUUGACAAACUUGUGUUCAAAGUUUGUGAAAUGCAUCCUCUUACUGCAUCAGGCCUUCCUUAAGAGUGAAUCUGACCACAUGGAGAAAAAAAUAAAGAGAAGAAAAUGACCCUCUCCUGGCUUGGAUUUUUGAGGAGAUUACUGACAAGUUACUCUUCACUAAAUCUGAGUAGUCACUUCACAUUUCUUCAGAAAUAACCUUCAAAAGAUAUACAUCUAAAAAGCUGUAUAUCAAAAGAGAGAACAUAAUUAACAUUUUUACAACAACAUUUUCUUAAACAUUAUAGCAAUUAAUCUCCAUUCUUUCUAUGGCAAGUAAACAUGAAAUACAUACUUUGCAUAUACUGUAUAAUUACUUGGCUAUUAAAGAUUUGAUGUAGAGUAUAAGUGGACAUCAAUUUUUAUAUAUGUGAAUUUAAGUUGGGAGGCCUAAAGAAAAUCCCAAAGUAUUUAAUGAUUAAUGUGAUUUCUUUUUGUUCUAUAAGAUUUGAAAAUAUAUUUUUUUAUUAUUUGACUUUUUGAAGUUUAUAGAACACAUCCAAGCAAUUAGGAUACAACAGAAUUACUGGUUUUGCAACUUUGUUUUUUAAACCUUUAUUUCUAAAAAUGAAAACUUUUAAAAUAAAUUCUUAAUUUGAAAUUUUAUAUAA